CAAACCACCUUCAGUGACGUUAAGAAAACGCGUUCAACGAAAGACUGUGGACUAUUUUGGCAGUGUGCUGCGAUAUAUUGAAUCUCGCCCAUGGAUGAAAAAUCCACGUAAGGAGUCGUGUCGUUUGGCUGCCCACUUUAAUUAUUAUCUUCAGCUCCUUCCACCUGCAGCUUAUCCUUCGACUCCUGCUAAUGCCAUUUGCACGAAGUACGUUCAUACCUCUUUAAAUAAAAAUAGGCACCCUAUUAAUGUUUGUAAGUACAUGCCAGAUGGGAAAAGACUUAUUACAGGAUUAUCUAGCGGCGAAUUUACUUUGUGGAAUGCUUUAACCUUCAAUUUCGAAACAAUUUUACAGGCCCACGAUCAAGCUGUCAGGACUAUGAUUUGGAGCCAUGACAGUAAAUGGAUGCUCACUGCUGACGAUUCAGGCUGUAUUAAAUACUGGCAGUCAAAUAUGAAUAACGUUAAAGAGUUUCAGGCGCACGAAUGUCCGCUUCGAGAGGCGGCAUUUUCGCCUACUGACGUAAAGUUUGUGACUGGCGCUGACGACAAAAAAGUUAAAAUUUUUGAUUUUAAAACGUGCCAAGAGGAACGGAUCUUGGAAGGACACAGGUCGGAGAUCCGUUGUGUAGACUGGCAUCCAAAAAUGGGACUAGUAGUUUCUGGCGGAAAAGACAAGUUAGUUAAAUUGUGGGAGCCGCGCUCUGGUCAAGUAGUGCACACCAUAAAAGAUCAUAAAAACUAUGUUAUGAAAGUCAAGUUUAACCAAAAUGGAAACUGGUUCAUCACUGCCUGCAGAGAUCUGCUGAUCCAUAUGUACGACGUGCGGAUGAACAAGGAAGUUCAAGUAUUCAGCGGCCACGAAAAAAGAAUCACGACCAUCGCGUGGCAUCCCGUUCUGGAAAAGUUGUUUGUUAGCGGCGCGGAGAAGGGCGACACUCCCGGCGAAUUCGGGGCCAUCAAGUACUGGUUGGUCGGAAAAGAAACAGAAGCAGGUGGAAUCCAAAAGGCACACGAAGGUCAUGUGUUUUGCAUUGACUGGCACCCCCUCGGCCACAUUCUCUGUUCAGGCUCCAAUGACCACGCCACCAAGUUUUGGACAAGAAAUCGACCGGGCGACGCAAUGCGUGACAAGUACAACCUGGACAUUGGCGAGGAAGACGUCCUGGAAACAGUGGAGAAUGACUCGAGCUUUAGCGUGCCGGGACUAGAGGGUGCUGCAGCUGUCCAGCACACGUGGCUGAAGAACGGCAACCGAUUCGGCGCGCAUGACAAAAGAACCGUGCCCGCUGCCAGCGUCAAAGACCGCAUGGCAGAGCCCGCCCAUGGAGCAGUCAACCGCGCGUUCUUCAUAUCCGGAGAGCCACGUGGAGACCCUUUUAUGCAGCCGCCAGUCCAUGCCCAUGCUUUUUACCCUCCCAACCACAUGGGCGGCAUUGAACAUGCGCUGUCCCUUCCGCCUUACGCCCCCGUCUUUCCCUCUUCUCUCGAAUUUAAUGCCCGCCCGCAUGGCUAUCCUCAACACUUUUACGCCGCUAAUGCCCUAAAUAACCAACCCGUAUAUGGGGGGAGUGGCCACGCACUGGGAGUAUACAGGCCACUCACCGCAGAUCCAAUGCGACCAAGGCCCUCUCCACGCCCUCGCAGGCCGGGAGCUCCACAGUGAGCUCAAGUUCAUUAAAAAAAAAAAAAAAAAAAAAAAAAAGAUUUACUUUUAUUCAUAAAA